AUCCGAUCUUUAAUUUUAGAUGAAAUCAUUUGGGUUUUCUGAAGUUUUGAUCUUUGAUACAGAUCUGUAAAAUUGAAUCCAAUUGUUUUGGUAUCUGCCUGUGAAAUUGGGAUUAUAAUGAUGAGCGUGUGUAACUGUAUAUAUAUGAAUCUGUAUGUAUAUAUAUUUAAAUUUGUAUUGGGGAUCAUGGUGGUGGGAGUAAGCGGGGACGAUUGGGUUUCAGGGUUUAAUUUUUUUUUCUUCAUUUUUUUUCAAAAAGUUAACAGUGUUAAAAUUGGGGUUAGGGUGGACACGUGUCAAACUCAGAGAUCGUAGGACGAGUAUCAGUAUAGUCUAGUAGUACUCUACACACAUUAUACACUCUAACCGCUUAUUUAACUUCCCCUCCCCUUCCCUAUAUCUCAUCCGGUCAUUUUGGCGGCACCAAAACCGCCACUUUUCCUUCACUCCCCACUUUCCAUUCUGUCUCCCUCUCUCUCUAUCUCUCUCUCUCUAAUUUUUUUGCACAAUCUAAUCACCGUGGAUUUAUCAGUUGAUUAGUAAAAUGCACGUCCUGGUUUCGAUAGUUUUUAGUAUCUGUUGAUUGUUCAUUCAUCGUAGAUGUUCAGAGAGACUAGGGGGAAAUGGGGGACUCUGCACAAACUUCAUUCUCUCUCUCCAGCCUUCUCUGCCAAGAAGAUGAAACUUGUCUGAGCCAGUUGAAAGACGAAUCGAACACAUCCGUAGAAUUCAACCCAUGCUUUCUUUUUGAUAACGAUGAUGAAUAUGUCGAAAACUUGGUUCAGAAAGAAGCUUAUUGCUUUGGAUCCAAUGGGUUAAUGGAUUACUCUGCCUCUGGCAUGAGCUGGUUGAAAACUGCUCGACUGGAUGCCAUUGAUUGGAUUUUCAAUACGGGGGCAGUUUUUGGGUUCCAGUUGCAAACAGCUUACUUAUCAGUGACUUACUUUGAUAGGUUUCUUUCAAAACUAUCCAUUGAUGAUGAGAAAUUGUGGGCUAUUAGAUUGUUAUCAGUGGCAUGUUUAUCCUUGGCUGCUAAGAUGGAAGAAUGCAAAAUACCAACUUUAUCAGAGUUUUCGGUUUCGGAUUAUGAUUUUGAAAGCAAAGUCAUUCAAAGAAUGGAGCUUUUGGUGUUGAAUACAUUGGAAUGGAAGUUGGGUUCAAUCACUCCUUUUGCUUAUCUGCAUUACUUCAUCAAUAAGUUUUGUGCUGAUCAAGCAAGGCCAGAAGGACUAGUUUCUAAUGCUAUAAAACUUAUUAUGGCAAUGGCAAAAGAAAUUGAUUUAAUGGAUACUCGGCCGUCGAUUAUUGCAGCUGCUGCAGUUUUAGCAGCAUUUGAUGGUCGGUUAACUAGAAAGAUUCUGGAGAUUAAGAUGAAUGUGAUCUCAUUCUUGCAGUCCCAAGAUUAUGAACGUAUAUAUUCCUGCUAUAAUUUUAUGCAGGGAGUGGUGGAAAGAAAAGCUAAGACACCAGCACCCAAGUUUUCAAUUUCCCCUUCAUCAAGCUCGAUGGAAGUGCUUGAAACUUCAUCAUUUGGCACUAAGAGAAGGCUUACAUUCAGCGACUCUUCUGAUCAAAGUUGCCCAACCAAGAAGGUUUACGAUAGAGGUUUUUGAUUAAUUUGUUGGUUUUUUAUUGAAUUAUAGAGAGGGAAAAAUAAAUGACUCAUGAUAUUUUAAAAGAUUGGGGGGGGGGGGGGGGGGGGGUUUAAAUUAUAGGUCUAAUGAGUGCCAUAAUUAAUUUCUACCAAUUUAUGGUAUAUGUGGUUUGGGAUUUGAUGAUUGGGGUUCCAAUUUCCAAUACCAAACAAAAGAUUUUAGCUGGUGACAACCAAGAGGACGGGAAGAAAAGUGAAAAAGUAAAUAAAGUAAAAAGUAAGAAGAAGUUGACUGAAGUUUGUGGAUAGUAAUUUUGAGUAGUAUUUGCUUUCAGAGUGCCACUAUUGCUUACCAACGUUUUAUUUUCUUCAAUUUGUUGUUGUUUUGGGCAUGGUUUUUUAAUCCGUGGCCAUGACGAUUUGAAGAAAACAGUUGUAUUUUCGUUUGCGAUUAUUUAAUUUAAUUUAUUUAUUUGUGUUUCA